GGAGGAACUACACAUCAUCUUAGAGCCUUCAGCACAUUUGAGUCUGACAGUUUUCAAGCUGGUGUCUGACAAAACUAAAUUUAUUUCCAAAUUUAUCAUCACUGAUGGUCCAACAGCAGGAAAAUGGCUGAAGCUGAAGUUCUUCAUAAUAUUAAGUUCACAAGAGCGAGGGGAAACACAGAUGUGGCCACACCCUCUACGGAUGAACACAUUUAUUCCAACAUCAGUUACUCAGAAACUCAGCGACCUGGCUCCAAACAACCUGCAGCAUCAAACAGGCGAUCGGGGGUCACAUCGGAGCGAGUGGCCCUGCUGGUCCUCAGUGUUCUCCUGGCAGCUGCAGUCACAGCUCUUGGUGUAACCCUUUAUGAAAAUACUCAAACCAAGAAGAGUCUCCAAAAGCUUGAAGAUGUAGCUAAACAUAUCUCAGGAAUACUCAGUGGGACAGAACCGUGCAAAGUGGAGCAGCCAUGUAAACCUCCUUUAGUCAGAAAUGAAACAUGUCCGAGGUGCGAGGACGGCUGGGAGCCACAUGGAGGAAAGUGCUACUUCUUCUCCUCGGUUAAGUUAACCUGGAAUGAGAGUAGAACACAAUGCAAAUCAAUGAGAGGAGACCUGGUUGUGAUAAACAGCAGAGAGGAGCAGAGAUUACUGGAGUCUAAAGUGAGGGAAAAAAUGGACAACUUUGAGGACAUGUUCUGGAUCGGACUGACAGACUCAGAGAACGAGGGUGAAUGGCUUUGGGUGGACGACACACGACUGGAUCCAAGUUUGACGUUUUGGCGUGAGGGCGAGCCAAACAACUGGAAUGUGGAGAAUCCUGAUGGACAGGAUUGUGUGAGGAUGGGGGAAAAGGACGGACCCAAAAACCUGAAGACCUGGUUCGAUAGAUCCUGCGAAUCGCCUCAAAAAAGUAUUUGUGAGAAACCAGAAAAACCAUGAGCCUGAAUCCAGUUGGAUCAGAUUGAGCUCGAGUCCUCAGCCACUUUCACAAACUGAGGCAUGAAGCUUUAUUAAUGAAGAUCUUCUCCAGACAUAAACAACUUUGAAUAAUAUCUAGAGUCUCAUAUGUUCUUCAGUUUCCUUCUUAUUUUAAAGUGACGUCUACUCCUCCCUCAUAUCAAAUCUAUGAAUAUUAAAGAUUAUAUAUAAUA